UUUGUCUGUCAAAAAUUAUAUUAUGAUCAAAGAAAAUGGAUUUUUUGCGAACGUUUGUUCUUCUUGUCUGUCUAUUAGGAGUAAGCCAGGCUGCUAGAUGUAAUUCUGACGGUGUCUGCACCAGUACAGAAUUACAAUGUGCUAACGGCUACGUGAAAGGCUGUCACUCGGGAAUGUGUACAUGUGAACAUGCAACUUCAACAGCAUGCACCUAUGUCAACGACUGCUUGAAGUUAGGACAUUGCAGCAUUCAUGGAAGAGACGGCUUUUGGCAUUGUGCAGAUAAUGUUUGCAAAUGUUUCUUCUUCUAGACAUACAAAACUUUAUUUUUUAUGUAGAUAAUAGCUGUUUUUAGAAUAAAUUUUGAGAGAACUGUA